ACCCGCCCAGCCAGCGGAGUGGAGAGGCCCCCUCAGCCGGCCGGGCCUCGCCUCAAGCCCUCAGCAGUCCGCACUGCCCAGUCACCCGCGCCGUGUCACCCCGCCGGACUUUCCCCGCCCCGUCUGUGCGCUAGCUUAUCGCGACUGCGCACGCAGAGCCUGAGCGGGCGCCAGCGGGAAGGGGAAGCGGCGGGUAAGAAGGGCCUGCAUCCCGGGGGCGUCUAUGACGGGAUUGGGAAUUUCCUCCUCGGCUCUCUCCGGCUCUCGGGACCCUUGAGGAGGAGAGUGCGAGGAGCCUCUGGAACCGGCUUCCUCCUGCCGUUCAGGCGUGCCUCUAAUAAUCGAAGUGUUUUCGCCCGGAACGUCGUCUAGUCCGGUCCCUUCCUGCCUCUCUUCUCCCCGCCCCCACUGGGGAAUCCGAGGCCGAGCUCCGGCCCGUCUGUUGUCACCAGGAGUAUCUGAGAUGUCUUCCCCGCCGUUUAGGGUAGGACCAGAUUAUGGGCAACAGUCCUUUUAAUUAAUCUGUCAUCAUCAUGGCUAAUGAGGGCUGUGCCAAGGCUGGUGAUAGUCCUUUUUCAUCAGAUAAACAUGCUCAACUCAUCUUGGCCCAGAUCAAUAAAAUGAGAAAUGGACAGCAUUUCUGUGAUGUGCAGCUGCAAGUUGGAAAGGAAACUUUCAAAGUUCAUCGGCUGGUUUUGGCUGCCAGUAGUCCUUACUUUGCAGCUUUGUUCACUGGAGGAAUGAAAGAGUCCUCAAAAGAUGUUGUACAGAUUCUAGGAAUUGAAGCUGGAAUCUUUCAAAUACUUCUAGAUUUCAUUUACACAGGUAUAGUGAACAUAGGAGUGAAUAAUGUCCAAGAGCUGAUUGUUGCAGCAGACAUGCUACAGUUGACUGAAGUUGUUAAUCUUUGCUGUGAAUUUCUGAAAGGACAAAUUGAUCCACUGAACUGCAUUGGGAUCUUUCAGUUCUCUGAUCAGAUUGCCUGCCAUGAUCUUUUGGAAUUUACAGAAAACUACAUUCAUGUCCAUUUCUUGGAGGUUCAUAGUGGGGAAGAGUUCCUGGCACUUACAAAAGAUCAGCUGAUCAAAAUUUUGCGAAGUGAAGAGCUUAGCAUCGAGGAUGAAUACCAGGUCUUCUUAGCUGCAAUGCAGUGGAUUCUGAAAGAUCUCGGAAAGAGAAGAAAACAUGUGGUGGAAGUGCUAGACCCAAUUCGAUUCCCUUUAUUACCUCCUCAGAGGCUUUUAAAGUAUAUAGAAGGAAUAUCCGAUUUUAAUCUUCGUGUUGCAUUGCAAACACUUUUGAAAGAGUACUGUGAGGUGUGCAAAUCUCCCAAAGAGAACAAAUUUUCUAGUUUUCUGCAGACAUCUAAGGUUCGACCUCGGAAGAAAGCAAGAAAGUACCUGUAUGCAGUAGGUGGAUAUACCCGGUUGCAGGGGGGUCGUUGGAGUGAUAGUAGAGCCCUCAGUUGUGUAGAACGUUUUGACACCUUUAGCCAGUACUGGACCACUGUGUCUUCACUUCAUCAGGCUCGAUGUGGACUGGGAGUAGCAGUUCUGGGAGGGAUGGUCUACGCAAUUGGAGGUGAAAAGGAUUCAAUGAUUUUUGACUGUACUGAAUGCUACGAUCCAGUUACUAAACAGUGGACAACUGUAGCUUCAAUGAAUCACCCCCGCUGUGGCUUGGGAGUGUGUGUGUGUUAUGGGGCUAUCUAUGCUUUGGGUGGUUGGGUUGGAGCUGAGAUAGGGAACACCAUUGAACGAUUUGAUCCCGAUGAAAAUAAAUGGGAAGUAGCUGGCAACAUGGCUAUGUCACGCUACUACUUUGGGUGUUGUGAAAUGCAAGGUUUAAUUUAUGUGAUUGGGGGCAUCAGCAAUGAAGGAAUAGAGCUUCGUUCUUUUGAAGUUUAUGAUCCACUUUCCAAGCGUUGGUCUCCACUUCCUCCAAUGGGAACCAGAAGAGCAUAUCUCGGGGUGGCUGCACUCAAUGACUGCAUCUAUUCUAUUGGAGGGUGGAAUGAGACACAAGAUGCUCUUCACACUGUAGAAAAAUAUUCCUUUGAAGAGGAAAAGUGGGUUGAAGUUGCUUCAAUGAAAGUGCCUAGAGCAGGCAUGUGUGUUGUGGCAGUCAACGGGCUUCUGUAUGUUUCUGGAGGUCGAUCUUCCAGCCACGAUUUCUUGGCCCCAGGUACCUUGGACUCAGUUGAAGUUUAUAACCCUCAUUCAGAUACAUGGACAGAAAUUGGUAACAUGAUCACCAGUCGUUGUGAAGGAGGUGUUGCUGUACUAUGAAAUAGAAAGCGUAAGAGAGCAGAGGAAACAUUUUGAAAAUACAGGAUCUCACCUUUUGCAAAUCACACUUGUGUUUGGUGAUAGGACCCUUUCAUCUGUUGAGUUUUCUGUGAAUUUGGUAGAUAAAUGAGUACAAAAUGAUUUUUUUAAAAGAAUUUGAGUGAGAAGCGAUAUGGAAUAUAUCCUAAAUCAAUAAAGAGUUCACACAAAUUUGCCAGGCUUACCAGUAGAUAUGCUGUUUAUGCUCUAGAAUUGUCCAAUUGGGAGUAGAGUCCUAUUUGUAAAGAUGAUUUGCUAGAAGCUUCUUGGCAAAUAGUCCCUUUAGCUGCUUCUCCAGUGCAGUUAAGCUGUAACAUGACCAUUAUGUGAUUUAAGAAUAUGAGCUUAGUACAAAGCUACUGCCUGGCUUGGAGAAGAUGGAAUUGUAGGUACCUGUAAAACUUUUUACAGACACUAACUCAUAAGUGUACGCUGAAAGGCCUCUAACCCAAAACUGCUUCUCAAAACUUCUCAUUUUCCCUGAGAAGCUUUCUAAAGAAUUGUUUUCUGUCCAUUUCUGAGACGAAGAUUCUUUGUGUACAUGAUCAUCACUUUUAAAUUAUUUCUACUAGUCAGUUGGAGCCAUAUAUAUUAAAGGUCUUAUACAUUUAGGUUUACCUAGCUGUUCCAGGAUUUGAUUUGUAUAUCCCUGAUUUCCCGUUUUCUGUACAAAAGUCCUCCAGUAUAUUAUAGGCAUUAGUGGCUUAUUUAGAUAGAAAACCUUUGGUAAGCAUUAAAGACUCGGGCAGCACUCACAUCCAAAAUAUUUGGAUAGACUCACAAAGAUACUUUCCUUCAUAACUUAACCAUAUGCAUAUAUUAAGAAAAGCUUACGUAGUGCAGACAGAAAGCUCUGUGUCCCAUUCUUUGGGGUACCCUGAAAGUCUGAAGGGUCACAGAUGCCUGGCUGGGAUCUGUAAAAUGUCAAGGAAUGAAGUAUCAAGAUAAUAUGUAAACUAUUUAAGCUGUAACUCAUGUGCCUUUAAUAUUUCUAGUUAAAGAGAAUCUGCAUUCUGGUUCAAGAGAUUUACGAAUUUUCCUAUCAUUUAAUUUUCAUUAUUGCCUGAUGCCAACCUAAAAUGGCACUAUGAAGGGAGGCAUUUUGUACUGCUGUGGCAGAAAUGUAGUCCACACAAUCAGUGUUUGGGCUUAAUAGGUCCAGACGAUGCCUGAAAAUAAGUAAUUAUAAAUAUGCUUAUUUCCUAGGUAAUGACAGAUUGUUUUAAAAAGAAUGUACUAAUAAAGUAUCUUGAUUUCUUUGCUUUU